CUCCAGCCUUUUCAUUUUCCAACGGACGCUAUGGAAGGCAAGACGGUUACAGUUGCCUGUACUACGACGACAUCACUGCAAAAUGUUCAAUACCGUUGGCUGAGAAACGGUAAACCCUUGCGUGAGAACGCAAGGGUCAAAUUCGGAACGCUUCCCCAACUGUCUGCUCUUAUAUUGGGACCUCUACAAGAAACGGAUGCUGGAAACUACACCUGUCUGGCGACGUACGGACGCAGUAGGAGCUCAUAUGGAGAUGCGCUCAACGUACUGGUCCCACCAAAAUGGGAACAGGAACCACUGGACAUAUCUGUAAAAGAAGGCGACAAUGUCACUCAGCCAUGCGAAGCCAAGGGCUAUCCAAAGCCAGAAAUAAAGAUUAAGAAGGAAGGAACGGACAGCUUCGGUGCAACAGGAUCUCUUAUUAUCUCUAAGGCUUCCAAGCACAACGGUGGCACAUACACCUGCCACGCAGAUAACGGUGUAGGGAAAGGGCUCAUUAAACCUUUCAAAGUCAUCAUUUAUGGUAAGCUCAGUAUAACUCAGUAACUCAUGUGUACGAGCUUU